GUGCCUGGGAAGAAGUUGCAAGUCUGAGCUGGGAGUCAAUGCUUACAAACUCUCUACUGUGCAACUUUCAUCAAUGAAAAGGCCCCAACUAAUUUGCUUCUUUUAAUGCAGGGGAAAAAAAAAAAAAGCACCGUUUGCAAAAGGAAAAGGCAGGGCAAAGGUGGUAUCGCUUUCCAAAGACAGAACCAUCUGCACAAAGUUUCUAUGACCAUUUAGGAUGUUUUUUUAGAGACAGAUGUUCAGUCCUCUUCCACCCUUAGCAGGAAAUGGAGAAACUGAGAAGUUCUGUUGGGGCUAAUGGAACACAACUACCUGACAGCUGCCAAGUUGUGUAUUCUUUGAACAAGCCUGCUGAAGAUUUGAUCAGAGAAAUAGCUGUUUUGGAGCUGGAAGUUGAGUAUUUGGAGAAUUAUCUACUUGCCAUGUAUCGCCAAAGGUUUUCAGAAUGGUUGGCAAGCAUUGGACAUGGAGAUUCAGGCAGACAUGAUUGGAUAAUGUUCAACAAGAAAGACAGCAGAGAAAUGCAAAAGAAACAUUCAGCUGCAGAGCUAGAUGAUCCUAGUAUUCUCAGAUGCCAAUCAUCUUUAUCUCACACUGCUUCUUCCUUCAGAAUCUCUCCUCCCAUUGCUGAAGCUCUAGAUUCUUGCCAUUCUUUGCCUGACUCACUUCAACACUGUGCUCAAGAAUCCACUGCAAACAAUGUUGAUGAACUCUGCUCAUUUGUUUCUCGCCGUCGAGUUCAUGAAUCACCAAACUGGCUCUCAGAAGAGAUGAUCAAAUGCAUUUCAGCCAUUUACUGCAAGCUUGCUAGCCCUUCAUCAGAGCUCGGGUUGCAGACCGGAGAACAUUCAUCCUUCCAUUCAUGGUCUCAUAAUUCUUUUCACUUGGAAGAGCCUUCUGUCACUGCAGUUGAGCUGCGAGGGCUCUGUCGCCGUGGACAAAGCUUGAACCGUGUACACCACGUGCUGCAACGUUUCAGAUCUUUAGUCUCACGGAUGGAGCAAAUUGAUCCAAGGAAAAUGAAACACGAGGAGAAGCUAGCGUUCUGGAUCAACGUCCACAAUGCAUUAGUUAUGCACGCCUUCUUGGUUUUUGGGAUCCCACGAAGUAAUCUCAAAAGGGCCUCCCUGCUCCUUAAGGCUGCUUACAACAUCGGAGGAAAAGCUGUGAGUGUAGAAAUGAUACAGAGCUGUAUUCUAAGGUGUCAAUUGGCACGGCCUGGACAAUGGCUGCAGUUGUUGUUCUUCCCCAAGCAGAAGUUCAAGCCCAGAGAUCCACGGAGGGCGUACGCGAUACAACACGAAGAGCCUCGUCUUCGCUUUGCCCUUUGCUCGGGAUGCCAUUCUGAUCCCGUGGUUCGAUUAUACACUCCAAAGAGAGUGUUCCAGGAUCUUGAAGUGGCGAAAGAAGAGUACCUGCAGAUGAACAUUAGAGUGCACAAGGAACAGAAGCUGAUUAUGCCUAGGAACAUCGAAUGUUUCGUUAAGGAAGUUGGUCUGUGCUCGUCUGGGUUGCCGGAAAUGAUAGAUCAGUCUCUGCCGGAGAAAUUCAGGAAGAAAUUCCGGCAGACGGACGCCGGAAAGUUGUGGAAGAAGAUUGAGUGGGUUCCUCACAGCUUCAGUUUCCGUUACCUGAUUUCAAAUGAAUUAGCGGAGGGAGUCCUGUCUGUGUAGUCCUUAUUUUCACAAACACGGUCUUAAAUCCCAAGCUGUUUCUCCAA